UCAUAAACAUUCAGCUCAUUUCAAACAGAACCUCGCUGCGGGAGGGGGCGUCGCCAUUUUGUUUGUUUUAGUGUGAAACUGUACAGUGGGUAGCGGUUGAGAACGGUUCCCUACUAUACGGUUGCUAAAUACGGAAAGCUACGAUAAGACCGCUUUUCGUGCAGCGUCCCACCCCACCUCGGUGUGAGAAGGUGCAGGGACGAUGUUUUACGCUCACUUUGUCCUUAGCAAGCGUGGGCCGCUGGCCAAAAUCUGGUUAGCGGCCCACUGGGAUAAGAAACUGACCAAGGCACAUGUGUUUGAGUGUAAUUUGGAGAGCAGUGUAGAGAGCAUCAUCUCUCCGAAGGUAAAAAUGGCUCUCCGCACAUCUGGUCACUUACUUCUGGGUGUUGUGAGGAUCUACCACAGAAAAGCAAAGUACUUGCUGGCAGAUUGUAACGAGGCUUUUAUUAAGAUUAAAAUGGCCUUUCGCCCAGGUGUGGUUGACCUGCCGGAGGAGAACCGUGAAGCUGCCUACAAUGCCAUCACAUUACCUGAAGAAUUUCAUGACUUCGACCAGCCACUUCCGGACCUGGACGACAUUGAUGUUGCUCAGCAGUUCACCCUGAAUCAGUCCCGUGUGGAGGAGAUCACCAUGCGAGAAGAAGUGGGCAAUCUUAAUUUACUGCAAGACAAUGAUUUUGCUGAUUUUGGGAUGGAUGACCGAGAAAUGAUGCGGGAAGAAGGUGCAUUUGAGGUGGACAUAAUUCACGGGGCAUCUGAAUCCAACCUGCUGCUAGAAUCAGAGUCAAGUAGCGUGCAGAUAGCCGACAAGUCCAAUCACCUUGAGUAUGACCAGUACAAGGAUGACUUUGGAGACAAUCCUAUGGAGAGCAGUGAAGGAGGCAUGCUGGUGGACAAACUGCUGAGUAAUGAGGAUGGAGGUGGUAUUUUUGAUGACCCACCAGCCAUCGCCGAAAGUGUGAUGAUGCCCCAGGACCACGGUGCAGAGGACGAUGAUGAUUUUGACAACCUUUCACCAGCUGGAGGUCCAGACAGUCCAGAUUCUGGUCCAGUGGAGCAGCUCCCCACCAUGACAGACCAGACAGAACAGACCACGUUGGUCCAUAACGAAGAGGAGGCUUUUGCUUUAGAGCCCAUUGACAUCACAGUGAAAGAGACCAAAGCGAAAAGGAAGAGGAAACUGAUUGUGGACAGUGUAAAGGAGCUGGACAGUAAGACCAUCCGUGCUCAGCUGAGUGACUACUCUGACAUUGUGACCACCCUGGAUCUGGCUCCCCCCACCAAGAAGCUGAUGAUGUGGAAAGAAACAGGAGGAGUUGAGAAGCUAUUUUCCCUGCCAGCUCAGCCCCUCUGGAACAGCAGACUGCUCAAGAUGUUCACGAGGUGCCUGACCCCUCUGGUUCCCGAUGAACUGAGGAAGAGGAGGAAAGGUGGAGAAGCAGACAGCUUGGAUGAGUUCCUCAAAGACUUAGAAAACCCUGAGGUGCCACGAGAAGAGGCCCUGUCUCAGCAAAGAGACAUCAUUGAUCAGACCAUCUUGGAGGAACCCAGUGUUUUGCAGGCUUCGGCUUUGGAAGGCAGUCGUACAACCCUCGACGAGUCAAUUAUGCCUCCACCAUCCGGACCCCGUGGACAAAAGCGCAAAGCUCAGGACACAGAGCCUGCUCUGCCUAUGCUUGAAGAUGACCGUUCCUCAAUUGUGUCGACACAACACGUUAACAUGCAGCAGGUAGACUUGCCUCCAGAGGAGCCAACCAACAUUUCACAAUUCAUCACUGAGUUCGACCUGAUAGGAGAGAAGAGCAAAGAGAAGAAGGAUGAUGAUGAGGAGGAAGAGGAGGAGGAGGGUCAGAGCGGAGACCAGGAUCAGGAGGAGAGGAGAUGGAACAAGAGGACGCAGCAGAUGUUGCAUGGGUUACAGCGAGUCAUUGCUAAGACGGGAGCAGAAUCGAUCAGCUUGCUGGAGCUGUGCAGAAACAACAACAAGAAACAAGCAGCUGCCAAGUUCUACAGCUUUCUGGUGCUAAAGAAACAGCAAGCGGUAGAACUCAGACAGGACGAGCCCUACAGUGACAUCAUCGCUACCCCAGGCCCCAGAUUUCACAUUAUAUAGACUAAUUCUUUACAGCCUAAACUGACAGGUUUCAUUCUUUAUAAUGGUUUUGUUUGUAUAUGAUGUGUUAUGUAUUUCUGUGCAUGUGAGUUUUUAUGCAUACACUACAUUUGCUGUUUUACAUGCAAAAAAAACCAUUUUAUAAUGUCAAAAAAGUGCUUAUUACGGCGGUUUUACUCCAUAAAAGCAUGCACAUGUUUUUAAAAAUACUACUGAAGUAACAAAAAACUACAUGGUAAAGAUUUUGUGAAAAGAUUGUCUUAACUAAUUUGAUCUGGCGAGGCUGAAAAUAUAAAUUGAAGAUUUCAAGAGUUGCAGAUCAACUAUAUAGAAAUGCCUAUUUUAGUAAAUAGUGGUGUUUUUUUAGCAAAGUAAAAGUCUGAUUCCAAUCAUAGCAAUGAUGUUUCAUAGCUGCGUACUGUAGAAGUUUGUUGCACUAAUUUAGAAAGGCUUUAAGUCUUGAGUUCUUUUUAAUUAUCAAGGUUUUAAACCACUUCAUAUAUUAUUUAUUAGGCAAGGCCCUGUCAUUUUGCAUGCUUUGAAUUACAUGUAGACAUGCAACAAAUUUGUUUACUUUCUUGAAAGUGUUUUCUUUGUUGAAAUUGUAAAGAGUAACAUUUUAGCUGCUCCAAACAUUUUUAAAAAUUGGUCGAAAUACAAUUCUGUCGUAGUUCUGUGAAAUAUUAAAGGAAAGUAUUGACCAAGA